GUUCUGCGGCACGUGCAGUCCUAGCGAGCUUGUGUCCACGCAUAUCUGCACUGAGGAAAGGAGAAGGGCGACCAUUAUUUGGCGUGCAAGUCGUCUGAGUUUGAGUUCUGUAUAUUUUUGCACAAGAAUACAUUAUAAUGAGCCCAAUGAGCGGGCAAGUUAAAGGCGAAAACGGUGAGCGGAUUGCAUGUCACCGAUGCCCCUAAAAAUAGUGCCCAAGCUAUGAUAAAUUGACUGGUUUGACAAAGGAAGGUCUACAAGGACGUAAUUGCAAGCACUGAUUCUAGCGAGCUCAAACUGCACACUACGUAUCAGUGUUUUUGUUUUGCCGCUAGGCCGUCGCAAACAUGGAUGAGGAGCCCCCCUUCAACCUUGCCCUGAACGUGUACAAGGGGCCAGCUUCGAUCCCCCACGCUAGCGCAGAGGUGUUCGGCGCUUUCUUCCUGGCGACGAACACCGCCCUGCUGGCGCACAUGUUCCCGGGCAAGCUAUUCGGUAGCGAGCUGCACGUCCGGAAAUGGGACCCCGACUACCUCGCCUCGUGCUGCAAUGAGCAGGGCAUGCGCCGGGAAGCGCUGUCGGGCAAGAAGCCAAACUUGUGGCUGCUGGGCGGCGGGCCGCGCCUGGUGAACGACAGCUGGGAGCGCAUGUGGUGGAACAACCUGCACUGGAAGCGGUGGAAGGUGCCCCGCACCGGGCCGGCCUUCCCCCAGGACAUGUACUGGCAGUAGUAGUAGGAGGAGGGGGAGCAGGAGAAGGAAGGCAGCAGAGGAGGCAGAGCGAGGCAGCAGAGGAGGGCGCGAGAAGAGCAGGGCGCAGCGGCGGCUCUUGCGAUGGGGCAGGAGGCGCAGAGUGGAGCAGGACGCCGCGGCGGAGAUUGCGGCGCUUUUGUGGGCCGCAGGAGCGGCGGCGCAACCACCAGCAGCGGCAGCAGCAGGAAUCCACCCUAGCGUUAGCGGCUACAUUGCGCCGCGCGCCAUUCGAGCAACGGCGGCGAAAUGUGCCAGGCGCUUGCGGCCUCCUGGUUCCAGGACGCUGGCCGGGGCGGCGGGUGCUUAACCGGGACAGCUAUCACAGUCCAGCAGACCCAGGAAAAACGUGGCUGGCGCUGGCUGGGAUGGGCUUACCGCGGUGAGUGCUCGAGCAGGUUGGAGCUCUCGGUGGUGCUGACAGUCUGAGGGACUGAGGGUUGUGGAGGUGAAGCCACGUCUUCGGUUGGUCCCCAGGAAGCAAUGGCAGUGGUGGCGCAUGCCGUGGACGUGGCUAUCGCGGGCGCAGUUGGGUGUAUCCUGGAUGGAAACAUGUGCGCGUAGACUAGACCGGACGUGAAUCUUUUGUGUUAGUAUGUGACCAGUGGUGGGGUGUGGUGUAAUCGUCAUGCAAUGGACUGGACUUGGUAACUGUGCGCUUGUAACGGAACAAAGUG